GCUCCAUCGCGAGGAACAUCAUCUCCAGAGGCAGCCUCCGGACACCUGGACUGGACGGCCUCCCGAGUUGUCGUGGGAAGCCCGGGGGUUGUGGGGGCCACCACGGGGGCGGGGGUGGGUCAACCCCUGCUUCUCAUCAUCACACUCCUGAGCCUCUCGCUGUCCACAGCUACGUUAUCCCCGGAGGCUGUGCAUCCUGCUACGGUACCCGGAGCACCAGGAUCAGCCAGUUCCAAGCUGAUUCCGGAUCGUCGAGUUCUCUGGAGAAGAGGCGAGAGGCGUUCGUCGAUCGAGGAGAACGGGGGCAUCACCUGGCACCAGGACGCGCCGUCGUCGCUGCCCUUGCGCGAGACCGGCUUCCAUAGGGCUCAAGGGUCCGGGUCGGCCCAGGACCCAGAGGAUGAUUUAAGGAAAACCCAAAGUGUUCACGCGGAUCAGGAUUUCGUCGGGAGACCCAGUGAGAGGAAGGGCGCAAUUCUUGAGCCUGACAGUUUCGCCGGACUCCGGGACCCCGCCGCGGAGCUUGGCUACAUCGAGGACGACGUGAACGCGGACGUAGGUAGUGCUGCGGGGGUAUUGGAACCUGCAGGAAACGGGAGCGGGAGUUUGUUCGGUACGGUAGUGAACGAGAGGAGUGGUGAGGUCGUGAAAGCGUUGGGUGCUGGUGUCGAGGGGAGUACAGUUGCCGGGCCGAUGUCAUCGCGGUCGUAUCCUGGAGAGCCGGGUGCUGGACGCGCGAGGACACACACGAGGGGUCCGAGCUUAGUCGAUCGGGAAGAGGACGGUGGCGAGGUCAAGGUCUCUACUGAGGGUAAGGACGCUACCACGACGCAGUUGCCACCACCGACACAAGACACCUCUAUGGAAGCACUGAGCGCAAGUGGGUACAUAGUGUCAGUGGUGCUCGUCCUGGCCGUCGGAGCGCUGGUGGGCGUUCUGGCCACGGUCUCGCAUCAUCUUCAUCAUCGUCGGUUACCCCACGGCCCCACCGCCGCCUCCUCCUCGAUUUUACAUCAUCACCACCACCACCAUCAUCAUCAUCAUCAUCGUCAUCACAAUCGGGAGGAACCCCCACCUUCGCACCAGCAUCAUCUCCUUCUGCAAAAUCACCAGCGUCAUCCUUCCACGCCGAUGCUGUCGGUGAGCGCAGGAAUGGAGGUUGGCAGCGGAGGUCAUGGCGGUCUUGGGGGUGGACUGGAAGGUGGUCCGGCAGGUGGAGGUGGAGGGGGCGGAGGUGGUGGUGGUGUCAGCGGCGUCGGGGUUGGACCUCCUGGGGAUAGUAUGCAAGAAGCCAUGGCUGCUGCUGCGAGAGACAGGGCCAUCCGGGCGGGAAGCGUUAGGCAGGAUCUCGCCCUUGACCUUCCACCUCGGCUUCAGCUACCUGAUGGUGAGGAACGUCCCUAUGGGGCGCACACGGCCCUUCAUCUACGCGAUCCUGAGCAGGAAAGCGAGAUAUACCAGAAGUGCGUCCGGCCGCCGCCAAACAGGACCGUCUUCGACAGCGAGAGUCCACCACCUUACAGAAGUCAGUCAGCGCUGCUAGACGCACCAGAUAGGAUAGUACGGUGUCACAGUGCAGGCAGUUCGCUGCUGAGGGUGUUCCGGAAGUUUCCGAAUUCCGGAAACUCGACGCCGGCGGUGAUAGUGCCACGAAGACCGACCUUAUCAAGCUAUUCCGAGUCCAGUAGCAACCUGAGCAACCUCUCGAGUCUUACGGUCGUGCCCUGCGAGACCGACGAGAACAACCAGCAGGUCUGAUCCUCGGCGAGGUCGUUCGCCAGGGACAAAUUUAAAGACUUCAAGGCCGACGAGACGGGCGGUGUUCUCGCCAGGAUCGCGUUUAGGAGGUCCAAGUAUUCCGUGUCCGCGUAGACGAGUUAGACGGGACAGAUCGAGAGAUUCAGAUACGAAAGUAAACUAAUGAGAGAGUUUGCGUGUGAAUGACGAGUGCGCCGAGUGUGUCUCUGCUGCUAGUGCGUGUGCCUGCUAAAGUCAAUGAGUGCCGGAGAAUGGAAAGAAGAAAAAAGACAAGGGAAAAGGGAUCGAAAGAAACGACAAGAAGAAAUUGAGAAAACGAUUGGCUUCCAUCUUAAUCCUGUGCGUCGCGGUUAUCCUCCUUACUCCUUUCUGGGAUCUCGACCAGGCUCAAAAUGCUCGAGGGUUUCGAAUAUUUUGAUUUUUUGACAAAUCGCGCUUCCAGGGGUCCAUUCGCAAGGCGUCACGAAACGUAAAAAUUGACGAGGUCGUCCCGGAUCAGUGGAGGACCGAUUAUCAAAAGAACCUCCUGGGUGAAAGCAUCCGUACACGAAGACUGACUCUUUCUAAAGACCUCGAUAGCUGUUUAAUGUCGAUAGUCGAGGAGAUGUAAAAAUUAGCGGGGCCGAUUAUUAACGUCGCGGGGUGGCCGAACGUCACAGGAUGCGGAUCGAGGAAGGUGCGUUUCGACUAGUUUCCAAUUUUAAGCGUCGCGACGCCGCUCUGCGUUCGCUUUUCUCGAUGCGUCGAGCAAUCCUAAGGGCCAGUUUUUAAUUCAGAUCUCAGAUAAGUCCAAAGUCAUAAGCGAAGGAGGAAGACGGGAAAAACGAGUUUUCCUGCGGAAGUAGUGUUCGACGCGCGAAACCACGAUAGGGGGAAUUUUCAAAUUCGUAAACAGGAAAUGCAUAAUUUUUGUGACUCUGCAGUUACUGCCUCGCGUAAGACGUCCGUCGUCGGACAGAGAGUGAAAUUGAGACUCUGCUGAUAAUGAAAAGACGGAGAACCCGUGGAAACGCACUUUCUUCCUUGAAGCAAUGAGCUCUGGGCCGGAAGUGCGCGUGCACCAGUUUGUUCUUCCUUUCUCUUAAUUAUUAUUAUUGUUAUUAUUAUCGAAUAAGCAUUUUCAAAAACGGACGAUUCUCCUUACGUGGAACUUCCUUCUUCCUCCGCUUCCUGUUUCUUCCUCAUCUUUUCUUUUCCCGCUCUUCCAAUUUCUCGCGAUAUUCCGCUCAUUCUCUCCCCACACCUUUCUUCCCGCUCCUCUAUUUCCGUUUUUUUUCCAUUUUUUCUUUUCUUUUUGCGAAAAAGACUUAGUAAAUUAUUUAUUGGCAAUAUUGCGACUUGCAAAAUUGCGAGUUUAUUAUUAAAGGUGAAUUCGAGGUUACGUGCGAAAACGAGGACGAAGGCAAGGAUGUAUGAUAAUGUCCGAAGUGCGUGUGCGUGCGUGCGUGCGUGGGUUGCGUGCGUGCGUGUGUGGCAGUGAGGAAAAUUGCGGAAGAAUAUCGAAGAGAGUUCGGCAAAAAAGAGGAAGGACGAAUGUAAAGGCAGAGAGGAAAAUGUAGUGCCAAGAGCGAAAAAAAAAAACUUUGUAAAUAUUAGGCUAGGUAGUUCAAUAUCAAUAUAAUUAUUAUGACUAAAAAUGAUAUGCUACAUACCGAUUAAAAGUAAACAUCCAAACAUACGUUACAACACGCAUACGAUUACACACGAGUUGCGGGCCGCUCGGAAUCGGCCGAGAGAUGGUGCUGGUGAAUCGGCCAAAAGUUGAGGGAAAAAAAAAAAAAACCAACAGCCAGAAAUGGAAAGAAGGGUUGGUAAAUUUUGAGAUAAAAAAAUUAAUCUAAUAAAUUUGCCAAAGUCUCGUACCACGGUAGACGCAAAAGAGACGUAUCUUACGGGAAUAAUUGAUAACACUCACGUUUUAGUGACUGUUUGAAAAAGAAAAAAAAAAAAAAAUGACGAGAAACAAACGAGUUAUAAGAGUUAAGUGAUAAGAUGACACGAGGAAUGUCGACGAGAUUUUGUUUUUUGUCAAAAUAAUCGUGCACCGUACUCCUCGUCCAAUAUCCGAGCGUCUUUGCCAAAUGUCUUCUAUAAUGCUACUUUUAUUAUUAUUUAAAUAGAUAAGGCCUCAGUUUGACAAAAUAGGACGAGAUCCGCUCCGGAGGAGAGGAUCCUCGCGAAGGUCAGAGAUUAUCCUCACGACGGGCGCAAAUCUCAGUCGCGAAGACGCUUUUGCGAAAUCGGCGUCGACGUCGCUCGCCGAAACACCGAAAUUGCAUAAUCACAUUCCUAGUAGUGUACUAAGGGUUAGGCGUGACGUCACUGGAAUGGCAAUUAAGAUUUCGCACGAAGCAUUCUUCCAUAUAUUAAAAGAAAAAGAAAAAAAUACUCCAAUAUCAUACGAGAAUAAGAUAAAGAUGCACUGCCUGUUCUCAAUUUUCUAAAAAAAAAAACAUAUGAGAUAACGCGAUUCGAUGUUUGCGACCUAACGCGAAAUUUCUCUCUGAUCUUCUCGACUACCGGUCACGUUUCCUCGGGGCGGAGCGAACAUUAAAAGUAUCUCACGAGAAGUCACCAAUCAUUGUAAUCCUUGAAUGGAAUACGAUUAAUACCGCGAUCGAUGAACGAGACCAAACGAAGGAAGCAGCAAAAACAUAUGAAAAAUGUACGACGAACGAUAAGAAAACAUAACGAUAAGAGACCAAGCGAAUUAAACGUAAUCGCGAUCCUUCGGGCUGUCAUUCGUUUCGUUUCGCUCGUUCGAUUCCGAGGUAUCCUUACCAACGAAUGUACAGGGGUGAUUCGGGACAAAGGCACCAGCUGAAGUUGGCCGCGAACGGAUGAUUUCAUGAAUCAGAGCAGACUGGCAUCCUUAAAGAAAUGAAAGUUAAAAUUGAUAAGAUCAUGCAUUUCACAUUCUAUUAAUUUUUUCUUAACGAGGGCCACGCUGCCUCGAUUAACAGAAUAUUGUUCGAUCGCGUCCAACUUCAGCUGGUGCUUUUCCCGUGGAUGACCCUGCAGUACGGAAGUAUCCGAUAUUAGUUGGAAUUACGAGGAACGACAGUGGUAGAACGAAAUGGAUGAAAGCUCGAAAAGGCAGGGACGAGAGCGAUACAUGUAAUGGGUAGAGUCAAGGUGGGAUUGAAAAAUGGCUUGUAAAUGAAAGCAAAGAAUAUGGGAAUUAAAAUGCACAUAAUGUCAAGGCAGUUCUACAAACACGACAUACGACCGUUUCUUAAAAUCCGCUGUUUAAAGCUGUGUAAUGGAAAGGAGGAUUUAUCCAUCUUCGAAAUGUGUUCACACGCAUGCAAUAUUAGGUGAAGAAGAGAUAAUUAUUGUAUUUAACGACGAGCGACGUGAUUUUAACGAUUAGAUGAAGAAGAAAAAGAGAGGAUUAAAGGAGUACGAGAGAAUUAAAAAGAAAAAAAAAAUAGGAGCGUCAAGUGCGUGCGUGAGCGAUUGACCGUAUGUGUGAGUGUGAGUGAAAGCGAAUGAGAGAUUAAGACAGAGUGUGAGGGGGAGAGAGAGAGGGGGGGAGAGAGAGAGAGAGAGAGAGUGGAUAUAAGAAAAUGAUUAAAGAAAAAAAAAAUACUGAAUGCGUAUAAUGCCCAAUGGGUCCUGUGCAAGCUUCGGUUGAAUUUAAAUGUUAUCGAAUUAGAUUGAAUUUAAAAUACGGAUAAGUUCACGUAGGAAAAUUGGUAGUGGAUUUGAUUAUUAUUGAUUAUUAUUGAAUAUCGUGAUGUUUAAUGAUUUGUUAAAUCGGAUUUGAGGUUUGGAACGUGCGCGAGUGUCUUGUCUUUGUAUCAUUUCCAAAAUUUUCUCAACAUUUUCAAUGUCGAUCCGAAAACGAGACAUUCGCGCGACUAGAGUCUAACUGGUUGGACUAUUUAGCUAUUUGAGAUAGAUGUCUCGGACGUCGUUCGUUCACGUCUAAGAUCCAAUUGUUUAGCUCUAUAUUGACUCUAUGGAAGGGAUUAUCUCGUGGACGAGAACUCAAGAGUGACCCCUCCCAGGAAUGUGAUUUCAAAGACGUGUUCCAGAAGAAAAAAAAAAUUUCAAAAAAUCAUAUAGAUGUCGAACGUGUUUUUAUCGCUAGAGCAGCGCCACCGUUAUUGUACGCGGCUGUUACGGGUACUAGACCUUUAUAUGGCACUAUGCCAUACAGAAGGCACCAUUACCCCAUGGCGUACGCGGCUCCACCAACGCUUCUGUAAUUCAAUCUCCUCUUAUUGUCGAGGAACGUGAGCGUCGAUAUUUCUUGUUUCUUGCGCGCACGAAAAGAUGAGAAUCCUCGCUGUCGCGGCGGCAAGGAUAAGUAUAUCGUCUGGAUUAACCUCAACUGUUUUACCGGAGGCGUGUUCGUAAAUCUCGAUGAGAUCUGUUUUACCGACCGGCUCGCGAUAUUCUCGUCUUUUACGUGCUUGACGUUCGUUUUAUAAGCGACUAGCCAAAUGGUGGAUGAUUCGAGGGUGAAAAUGAUAAAUUUCGAUAAAAAAUGAUAUAAGAAUUUGUGAAUCUAUGCACAGACCCGCAGACUGAUGGAUGAAUGAGUGGGUUCGCGAUUUAAUUGGAAGCUGUGCGCGGAAGGACGAUUGAGUGUAUGGAAUUGUGUGAAAGGAUGCGAAUUAUGUGAAUAGGGUACGGGAUGGUGUGGAGGGGGGUGGCGAGAGACAAAGGGUGGAGAAAUAAUUGAGAAUCAAAAUUUUUAGAUUAUUCCUCGCGACACUUGUGGCUUAUUGAAAUUGAGAACGCUGUCGUGUCGUUCGAUUCGAAUCGUACCGAAUCGAGUCUCAUUGUCGGUCCUCGUUUUAGCGAACGAUAUCGAUUUGGGACUUGAGGGAUCAGCGGGCGUGAGGGAACGCAUAAAGAUGGCAAACAAAAGUGAUGGUGGGAAGCGGAAAUGAAUUUUUUUUAAAUAAUCGAUCGAUGUGUAGAGACAGUGUCGUUUAAGUAGGUCGCUUCAACUAAGUCUCAGCUGGACGAUAAGUCAGACAAAAAAUCGCAUGACGACAAACGAAACAAAAAAAAAAAAAGAAUCAGUAUGUCAAUCGUAUGUGAAAAGAAAAAACACGUCCCAAUUGAGUGAUUCGAAAGAAAACACUGAGUUUGUCAAACGAGUCUGUCGAGGCGUGCCAAUCGUUCUCCUUGUUCACGAUUUCUUUUUUCUUUUUUUUUUGCCUUUUUAUUCGCUGGUGCGACAAAGAGGCAGCACUGAUCGUCCAAACUGAUUAACGCGUGGAUAACGAUUGGCUCGUGUUCGGAACUCGGACCAUUUGGAAAGGAUUAUUUCAACCAUUUUUUAUACAGUAGACUUAUACCAUUACCACAUAGAGAGAGAAAAAAAUGUUCGUUGUUCACUGCUCUGGCUUGCUAGGAAGAAUAAAAAAACAAAAGAUACGAAAAU